GUCCCGCAUCAUGUUGGAAGCUGUUUAUCAAAUUACCCCCCGCCCUUACAGAGAUAAGACGGAGUUGAACUUCCUGUUAGAGCACAUCGCAGCACAGCAGAGCAGCAUUUCAGGUAACAGGUGCGUUCCUUAAUGUUUACCUGUGUAAAGUAUGAGUGAAUUUCCAUCUGACGCUAAAAACAUGUUUUACAGUUGCGCUCUUCCAACUGCUUUUAAUUGUUGCGACAGCAAAUAAAGCAGGUAGAUUUUAAUUUGUAUUUCGCGUUAGUAAUGAUACAAUAUCGGAAUGCAAUUGCCAAUUCAAAGCAGUCGUUCCAGUUUAAGCGUUAUCCUACUUUUUAUUGUCAAACACCAACGUCGUAGGCAUCAGUUUAGGUUGCUGCGCGUUUCUAUCAUUUGCUUAUGACUAUUCAAAUUGUAUAGAGUCAACAAUAGCUCAUUAGUAUAGGCUACUUUCAGUCUGCCUACCAUCACAGAAUUUUCAGUCGGGUAGAUUGACAUUUAUUUGAUGGACAUUAUCAGGAGCCUUUGGACUAUGGAUGGAGCAUGGUCACCAGAGAGACAUGAAGCAGCUGUUGCUUGGUUUUCUGGGCAUCAACUGGGUUAUAUUCUGCAAAAUGGAGUAAUUCCAGACUGGUUCCAUGGAAUUAUUACCCGGAAGGCUGCAGAGGAUCUUCUAUCUCCCAAACCAGCAGGGUACUUUCUAAUCAGAGUCAGUGAGAGCAGAAUAGGAUACACUUUGUCAUAUCGAGCUCAAGACCGUUGCAGGCACUUUAUGAUUGAUGUUCUUCCAGACAACCACUACAUGGUGGUGGGAGAGGAGAUUUGGCACAUGUCUCUGCAGGACCUAGUUGCCUAUCAUCGCAGGGUUCCUAUUCUUCCUUUCAAUGAAUUAAUAACAGUUGCUUGUGGACAGGCUUCAAAGGACAAGGUUGAUUAUGCAGAAUUGAUAUUUUCUAGAAGAGAUCAUCCCACACAUGGCCACAGUACAGCGCCAACAAGCCCCCCUCAGUGGGAUAGCAAUGUUUCACCAGCAGCAGAUGAGGAUAUUCCACCAGCGCUACCUUACCGCUCAACCACAACUAACAAUGAAGACCUAAAUCAGAAUACAAAUGCAUCUCCAGCCCCUGCAGUGUGUUGCCCCCCUCGACUAUACCCAUGUCUUCAGGCCGAACUGGGGGCAGUAAGCGUUCAGAAUGUGGUGCAAACUGCAAAGCCAGUACCAUUACCCAGGACAAAACACUGUGUCAGCACCACACAAGUGGAUCACCCACCAGAGCUGCCUGCUCGAGACUCCUUGGAACACAGAAAGGUGCAACCAUGUAGAAGUAUCAAUGGACUCGAAGACAUCAGGGCAGCAUCUAAUGGAGGGCCACUGACUCAUCCUGGUACACAAAAUGUGGAUCCACACCAAAUGAAAAAUCAAGACGCAAAAUCUGUUAUUAACUUUACACAGUUAAAGAAGAAGUUCCAGAAGAUGAGAGGGGCCUCAGAAGAACAUACAUAUGCAGAGAUCAGUAGUGACGUAGAUGGGCAAAACCUACUUUCCCCAGAGUUAGGAAACAAAGACGGAAACAGGGUGGCUUCAGAAAACGAAUAUCAAGAGCUUCCAGGCGAGUCAUUUAAUGUUAAGCCUACAUCUAAAACGAGCCUGUCCUCUGGUAGUGUAUCGGAAUCUGAGCAGUCAUUGCCAUCAGAGUACCAACCACCACCGGCUUUUGCCCCAGGAUAUUAAUAGGGGAACUUGCUGUUGUGAAUAUAUCUAAUUAAACCAUUGUAUAAUGGAAAGUGGUCAAAGUAGUAAUAUCUUAGAUAUACAUUUCGUCUCAUGCUCCUUUUGAAUGUACAAUGAUGUUUUCUAAUUUUGUGUAACGCAUUUAUAAAUUGUUAAAAAUAUAUAUUAUCUAUAACUGUAAUAUGUCAGUAAAUGUUCUAAGUGGCUAGCCUGUAAACACAGUAGGCUACUACUGCCAUUGUUAUAUAAAUAGUGGAAUUAAGCUGUGACAACUGUAGAGAUUUAUUGUCUAUUUUACAUAAAGGAACUACAGAGGUUUCCA